UUUUUUCUUUUCUUUUUAGUUUUUACCCUCCCAAACCAUUUGAAAACCCCAAGAAAGAAAGACCCUCCUUGAUGAACUAAACUUUGAUUCUUCAUCAUCAAUAACCAAAUCCCAAUUUUUAUUGUAUUUUUCCUUUUAAUCUCUCAAAAACUAAUACCCACAUUUCCUCCUCUUAUAUUUCUCUCCUCAAACUUCCCUCUCUUCUUCUCUCCGGUUCCAUUUCCCCCUCCUUGUUUAACUCACUCAAAAAAUCUAUUCUUCGUUUUUUUUUUCCAUUCAAAAUACACUGUAUAUAUUAUAAACAUAAAUAUAUUAAUUUAUAUGAACUUAUGUCUUGAUUUUGAACAGUUGUUACAUGGCUGCAUGAUUCAAUCAUGGGAAGGGUAGUUUCAAUCUGGGUUUUUGGUUUUAAUUUUUAAUAUGGGUACUUUGUCAGAUUCCACAACAAAAAGAAAUCUUAAAUUUUUGGUGUCUUUGUUUUUAUCUGAUGUGUUCCAUUUACUGUCCCUUUGCUUCUCCAGUAGAUCUGUUUUGCUGGGUAUGUUCGAUCCACUGGUUUAUUCAUGCUUCAACUUCCACUCUUUAAGGUCAGAUCGUCACAUUUUUGACUCUCUCUAGUUAUUGCUUUUUUCCUGCCUAUACAUAUACUGUUUUUCAAUUCUAAUUAUCUAGGAAAGACUUGGGUUUAUGCUAAUUUUAGCUGCAAAGUUGCUAAUUUUUAUGAUGCUAAGUUAUCAGAAUAGUGACAGGGUGGUUAAGGGGUUUAUUGGGUUUUGGGGUUUUGGUUUGAGUUCUUUUGUUUCUCAUUUGCUUAUGGUGCAAAGUCAUAGAAACCCUCCUCAUCAAAGGUUUAGUCUUUAGGGGGUUUCUAAUAUAGAAAGGAGAAAUGGGUAAUGGGACUUCUCGUGUUGUUGGUUGCUUUGUGCCGUUUAAUGGCAAAAGUGGGGUUGAUUUAGAUUUUUUGGAGCCUUUGGAUGAAGGUUUAGGCCAUUCAUUUUGUUAUGUUAGGCCUACGAUUUUUGACUCUCCUGCCAUUACUCCAUCAAACUCUGAGAGGUUUACUGUUGAUUCAAGUACUCUUGAUUCUGAGACUUUGAGUGGGUCGUUUAGACAUGAUGCCAUAGAGGAUCCCUCAGGACUACAAAGACAGAGUAAGAGUUUCCCGGAAACCACAUUUAAAACCAUCUCUGGUGCAUCUGUCAGUGCAAAUGUUUCAACAGCUAGAACUGGUAAUCAGAGUGCAAUGUUUGCUACUGAUGUCCAAGAGCCUGCUGCAUCAUUUGAAAGCACCUCUUCAUUUGCUGCAAUCCCUUUGCAGCCAGUUCCUCGUGGUUCUGGUCCUCUGAACGGGUUUAUGUCGGGACCUCUUGAGAGAGGGUUUGCUUCCGGGCCUUUAGAUAGGGGAGGUGGUUUUAUGUCUGGACCAAUUGAGAAGGGUGUGAUGUCUGGCCCCCUUGAUGCCACUGAUAAAUCCAAUUUCUCAGCUCCACUUGCACGUGGUCGUAGAAGACCUCGUUUCCAGCGUUUCAUGAGAAGUGUUAGUGGACCUAUGAAAAGAACCUUUUCAAAGCAUUCAAUGGGGUCUGGUUGGAUGCAAAGAUUUUUCUUGCACCCGGUGACCCAAUUGGCAUGGCAAGUUAAGGAGCCAAAGUUUCGAUCAGAACAUUCCCGGAAUUGUCUUGAAGGGGGGCCAUCUGAAGGGGAAUAUGGGAACAGUCGCAACUUGCAAUGGGCUCAUGGAAAGGCUGGUGAAGAUAGGGUUCAUGUUGUGCUUUCUGAAGAGCAAGGAUGGCUUUUUAUUGGGAUAUACGAUGGUUUUAGUGGUCCUGAUGCUCCGGAUUUUCUGAUGAGCCAUCUUUAUAAAGCCAUAGACAAAGAAUUGGAAGGAUUGCUCUGGGAUUAUGAAGAUAAAUCUGGAAUUGAUCUGUUAAAAUCUGAAAUAUCUAAGAGUGGAAAUCCUGAUACUGGUCUAGAGUGCAGCAAAGAAGAUCAGUCAAAUUUUUGUUCAGAUCAAGAAUUAUCGUCUAGCGUAGGAGAAUUUCUUAAUCGAGAAAAUAUCGAAGGUCAGUCUUCUAAUAAUGAAAUAGUUGAGGAAAAUGAUGACGUGAGAGGUAAAGUGGAGCAGAAUUUAUCUGAUUGUAGAAAUUCCAAUUUAGGUGUUGAAUCUGAGUGUGUUCCACAUGCAAACUUAGCUGGUCAAGGCCGGAAAAGCAUGCGGCUGUAUGAGCUACUUCAGAUGGAACCAUGGGAUGGUCAAGGUUCUUUGUCAAUCUCACAAAUGGAUAGGCAAGGAAAGGGUUCUUGUGAUUGUCAACCAAUUUCAGAUACUUUAGACUGCAGCUCAUCGAAUUCCAAAGAUGAUAGUUCCAACAUUCGAGGUGAAGAUCCUACUACUUCAGGAGAAGAUGUUGGGGUUGGGCUUGAUUUUGAUAAUCAAAGUGCUGCAGCUGCUGCUUCUAUGUCAGGGCAAAGACAGAGUACAAGAAAGUCUUUGAUUGGUUCAAAGAUAAGAAAAAUAUACCGGAAGCAGAAGUCGUUACGGAAGAAGCUUUUUCCUUGGAGUUAUGAUUGGCACAGAGAAGAGAUUUGUGUGGAUGAGGGAAUAGUUGAAUCUUCAGGACCUAUUAGGAGGUGCAAGUCUGGAGUUGUUGAUCAUGAUGCUGUGUUGAGAGCAAUGGCUCGAGCGCUUGAAAAUACAGAAGAGGCUUAUAUGGAAAUGGUGGAAAAGGCUCUUGACAUAAACCCAGAGCUUGCUUUGAUGGGAUCAUGUGUUCUAGUGAUGUUAAUGAAGGAUCAGGAUGUAUAUGUUAUGAACCUUGGGGAUAGCUGCGCGAUCUUGGCACAAGAAAGACCAAAUGAUCGCCACCCCAAUCCAAAUUUUGCAAGGGAUGAUUUAAGGCAUAGAAAUAGAUCAAGAGAGUCGUUAGUGCGUAUGGAGCUGGACAGAAUAUCAGAGGAGUCUCCUAUGCAUAACCAACACGGUCAAGUUAGCAUAAUAAAUAAAAACAGAGACAUCUCUAUAUGCAGAUUGAAGAUGAAGGCGGUUCAGCUUUCCACUGACCACAGCACAAGUAUUGAAGAGGAAAUCUUAAGAAUAAAGGCAGAGCAUCCUGAUGAUGAGAAAGCAAUUUCCAAUGAUAGGGUAAAGGGGCAAUUGAAAGUCACUAGAGCAUUUGGUGCUGGUUUUUUGAAGAAGCCAACUUGUAAUGAGGCUCUGCUAGAGAUGUUUCAAAUCGAUUAUGUGGGAGAUGCUCCUUAUGUUAGCUGCAUCCCCUCUGUUGUUCAUCAUCGGCUCUCCCCAAGUGACCGAUUCUUGGUACUAUCAUCUGAUGGACUUUACCAGUAUUUUAGCAAUGAGGAAGUUGUUGCCCAUGUCACUUGGUUCAUGGAAAACGUCCCUGAAGGUGAUCCUGCACAGUACCUUGUUGCAGAGCUUCUAUUCCGUGCUGCCAAAAAGAAUGGAAUGGAUUUUCACGAAUUGCUUGACAUACCUCAUGGAGAUCGGCGUAAAUAUCAUGAUGAUGUUUCUGUUAUGGUUGUUUCAUUGGAGGGAAGGAUUUGGAGAUCUUCUGGAUGAUUUUUUUUUCUUUUUUUUCCCCUCUUUUUGUCAUAUUUGCAUAUUGCCUCAACAGUGUAAUCUUUUCAAGUAGGGGGUAAAUCAUUUAUGCAUUUCAGAAAUGAAUGAGAAUCCUAGUGUCGGCAUAUCCCUCUCUCUUCAAUAGAAGUUUCUCAUUCUCGUG